UGCUGCAGUCUUCUGGAGCACCGGUUCCGGAAAUACUCGAGUUGGGAAGGCAGAGAACCACCGUAUCGGCUUCAUCGUGAUCCACGGAGCCAGAGAUGGCCGUGAGAGCCAGUACAGUAGCUAAGCUGCCAAAUCUCAUACGCAGUCUCCGCGAAGGUUCGCCUAAGCCCCUAAAUCACGCUUUACCCUCGCUUCGACGCACUUUCUCUUUGUACGAUCAGAUCAAUCUCAUCAAUAAUGUUCCUGAAGACCAGCUUCGCUUCCAGGGGUACAAUGAUACAGGUUUUACUGUAAAUAAGGUUGAAUACGAAGGAAGCCUGCUUUGUGUUGGAAAUUUGCUUUUGUCUUGGAAACCGAAGAAGUUCUCGGAGAUCACUUCAGACAGCUUGUCAAUCUUUCAAAUUCUUCGCCCCAUUCCAGAGAUCUUAAUCAUUGGAUGCGGAAGGCACAUGCAGCAAGUGGAUCCAGAACUUCGACGCUUUAUCAGAUCUACUGGCAUGAAGUUAGAAGCUAUAGACUCGAGAAACGCAGCAUCAACUUAUAACAUAUUGAAUGAAGAAGGUCGUAUUGUUGCUGCGGCAGUUCUUCCAUAUGGAGUUACUUCAUGAAGCCUUGAUCUGAAACUCUGAGUGGAAGAAGACGAAUUGGGUUUCUGAAAUUCUAGUUGAUUGAUUGGCUUUCAAGUUAGAUCUCUUUUGUUGCCACUUGGGGCUACCUCAAACAAUACAGAACUAGUUACUGUUCUCAGUAAGCAAUAGAUCACCUUGACUCUGGCAAACCCCCUCCCCCCAACAAAAAAGAAGGGAAAAGAGCAAUAUAUCACCUUGUCAUUACUCUCAAUAAAUGCAAAGUUGACUUCUCACAGAACUAAGGAGAUUCUUAAA